AUGAGUAAUCUUCGCUUGCAAAAACGUUUGGCGGCCGCGGUUCUCAAGUGCGGCAAAGGGAAAAUUUGGUUGGAUCCUAAUGAGGUCAAUGAAAUUUCCAACGCAAAUUCUCGUCAGAACGUUCGUCGUUUGGUCAAGGAUGGUCUUAUUAUACGUAAGCCGGGGAAAGUUCAUUCGCGUUUUCGAGCUCGUGAACGUUUGGAAGCACGCAGAAAGGGUCGUCAUAUGGGUUUUGGAAAACGACGCGGAACUCGAAAUGCUCGUAUGCCUGAGAAGGUCUUGUGGAUGCGUCGAAUGCGUGUGCUUCGUCAUCUUUUAAAGCGCUAUCGAGCUGCGAAGAAGAUUGACAAGCAUCUUUACCAUGAGCUUUACUUGAAGGCCAAAGGAAACGCAUUCAAGAACAAGAGGAAUCUGAUGGAAUAUAUCUUCAAAAAGAAGACGGAGAACCAGCGUUCUAAACAACUUGCUGAACAAGCUGAGGCUCGCCGAAACAAGAACAAGGAGACGAGAAAGAGGCGUGAAGAACGUUUGAUUUUGAAACGCAAGGAAUUGCUCCACAAACUUUCUGAGAGCGAGAAGCAGAAGACUCCACAGCUUCAGGAAGAGGUUAAUAAUUAA